UCAUAUGAAAAGGCGCGACGCGAUUAAAUUAAAUUUUUCAUUUGUUGUUUUUUAAAGUUAUGUAAAAUUUGAGAAUUCUUUACUCUAUAUUUUAUUUAUUUUAUUUUGAUGAUUAUUAUUUUCGCAUAGAAAAUUCGAAAUUUUGUACAUACAUACAAACAUAUACAUAACAUAAAUGUUUUAAUUAUAAUUUUAAAACAAAAGAAAAAAUUGAAAUCAAUUUUUUUUAGAAAAAAAAAUAAAUUAUAAAUAUUUUAUUAAAAGAAGUAUUAAAAUUAAAAUAAAAAAAAAAUAUUUUUUUACUAUUAAAUUAGUUGUAAAAUUUUAAUGUAUAAAUAAAAAAAAGGUGCCUAUACCAAAAUUUUUAUUUAAAAAAAAAUAAAUUUAACAAAAAUUUAUAAAAUUAAUAAAAAAAAAAUUAAAAAAUGAAUUUAUUAAAUUUAAGUGAACACAAAAGUAUAAAUAGUGGAAAACUACUAUUUACGAUAUUCUUAUUUACGACUAUUUUAGUAACGAUUCAAGCGAACUUGCAAGGAUUUUAUAGAGAAACAUGUUCAUAUAGAAGAGGACAACUUUUUCAACCAAUCAGUGAACACAGAAAACGACUUCAUUUGUUAAGAGAACAUAUGCUUAUAAGAGCAUCAGUAGAAGGACCUGAAAUAGAUGGAUACCUUUUACCAUCAUAUGAUGAACAUUUAAAUGAACGUGUUGCUGAUCGAGAUAGAAGAGUUGAAUAUUUAACAGGUUUUACUGGACCAAUAGCUUUUUUAGCUAUAACAGUUCAUAAAGCAGCAUUAUGGACAGAAGAUAAAUAUCUUGUACAAGCAAAUAGUGAAGUAACAUGCGACUGGGAAUUAUUUGAUCUCAAUGGGCCAGUUUCAAUUAUAGAAUGGUUUAAAGUUAAUUUACCAGUGGAUGCAAAAGUUGGAGCUGAUCCUCAUAUUGUACCACAUUCCUUAUGGACAGAAUGGAAAACAAAAUUAGAUAAUGAUGCUUUAAUUAAUUUAGUUAAAGUAAAUAAAAAUUUAGUAGAUAUAGUAUGGGGUGAUAAAAGACCACCGGCUGUUGAUGUUACCGUAAAAGUACAUGAAAGAAAAUAUGCUGGUGAGAAAUGGAUAAAUAAAAUUGAAACAUUACGGAAAGAAUUGGAUGUGUUAGAUUGUGAUGCAAUUGUAUUAAAUUCAUUGACCGAAAUAGCUUAUCUGUUAAAUAUUCGUGGACGAGAUAUACCAUACACACCAGUUGUUAAAGCUUACCUUGUUGUCACCAGAUAUGAUAUAUUCUUUUACACAGAUCGAUCAAAAGUUUCACUUGGAAUCUCUUUACAUUUGAAAGAAGCUGAAGGAUGUUACAACACACAAUGUGUUAAAAUCAAAGAUUACAAUCAGAUAUGGCGUGACUUAAGAACUUACAGCCAAGUUUGGAGAAAAGUGUUAAUGCCUGCACCAUGUGUAUUUGAUAAAGGAGCAUCUGAAGCAUUAUUUACUGCAAUACCUAGGGAUUCAGUUGUUGAGAGAAUUUCUCCAGUAAUAUUUAUGAAAGCUGAAAAAAAUGCUAUUGAAAGAGAACAAAUGAGAAUUGCUCAUAUAAGAGAUGGUGCUGCUAUGUGUGAGGCUAUGAGCAUGCUUGAAGAAAGGUUUGCAGUUGAAAAAUGGACGGAAUUAAAAAUUAAACAAGAAAUUGAAACAUCACGCUUGGCACAAAAAUCUUCAAUGGGCUUAUCACAAGAAACUGUUGUAGCAUAUGGACAACAUGGUUCUAUACCACAUUAUAUUCAAAGCAAUGCAACUGAUAUUGAAGUGAAAGAUGAUAGUUUAUUAAUAAUUGAAUCAGGUGGCCAAUAUUUAGAAGGUACAACAGAUGUAUCACGAACCUUCCAUUUUGGUACCCCAACUAUGGAACAAAAAAAAACUUAUACCAGUGUUUUACUUGGUAUUAUAAGAAUUGCAAAUUUAAAAUUUCCAUCUAAUUUAAGACCAGGAGAAAUUGAUACUUUAGCUAGAAGUCCAGUUUGGUCAUCAAUGAAUGAUUAUCCACAUGCAACAGGACAUGGUAUUGGAUCAUAUUCUGCAGUUAAAGAAUCUCCAAUCGAUGUGUCUUAUGAUGCAAAAGAUAAAUUUCUUUUUAAAGAGGGUUACUUUUUCUCAAAUGAGCCGGGCAUGUACAAAAAAAGUGAAUAUGGUGUUAGACUUGGAAAUGUACUUGAAGUAAUUAACACCGGAAAAUCACAUCCAUCAGGUGUUCAAUUUUUAAGUUUCGAACAAAUAACUUUAGUUCCAUAUGAAGCUAAAUUAAUUGAUAGAAGAAUGUUAAGUCCUGAAGAACGGCGUUGGUUAAAUAUUUAUAAUGCAAAAAUCCGUGAACAUGUUGGUGAAGAAUUAAAACGUCAAGGUAAUAUGCAAGCAUUCUACUGGAUGAUGAACAAAACAGGCCACAUAAAAGAAUAUUUCCCAGAAGAGGAAUAUCGCUACUACGGAAGCUUAUCAAAUUCAAUGUCAAAAAAUAAUUUUUAUUCCACAUUUAUUUUAUUUUCGCUAAUAUUCAUUUGUUUUAACAGCUUCACUUAUAAUAUUUUAAUUUAAUUUAUGUAUUCCUAUAAAUAUAAUAUACACGUUAUGUAAUUUGUUUGUGUAUUAAUUUAUGUAGAUCAGCCACAUUAUAUUUCCAUAUUAUUUCCAAAUUCAUUAAUAAUAAUUAAUUAAAUUAAGAUAUAAAAAAUGAUAAUAAAUAAAAAAAAAGUUUAUGUUGUAAAUAUUUAAUUUAAAGCGUAUAGUGAUUUAAUAAAUGCCAUCAUUUCUAAAUGAAUUUUAUGACAUAUACGUAUAAAACAUACUAUGUAUUAUAUAUAUAAUAAAUUAAUGUAUUCGUAAUUAUAGUUUCUUAUAGUAUACGUACAUAAAUAUGCUAAUUUUUCUAAUAAAAACUAAUAUAAUUAUUUUAUAUAAAAUUAUGUCGUCUUUUUUUAUAAAAGUGAGAUACAUAUGCUAAAAUUUUUAAUUUUUCCUAUUUAAUUUACAUUCCCCUCG